UGUUGGCUGUAGCUCCGGGGCGUGGCUCCUCGGCUGCUCCAAUCACCACCUAGCCGAGUGAUGGGGGCGUGGUCGAAGCCUAGAAAAGUUAAAGCGGAUUCCAAAGGCGCGGUGGGCUGGGGAAGUCAAAGACCCGUUCUUGCGCGAAAACCAACUCGCAGCCCCCGCAGCUGACAUUGGGUGCGUCCCAGCUGAGAGCGCCGGCGCCCAAGGGACUAAAUCGGACCUGCCAGGCCAUGUGGGGGCUCCUUGUGACCGGCGCCUCCUUCGCCGCCUUCCGGGGGCUGCACUGGGCGCUGCAGCUGCUGCCCACGCCGGGAUCUGCUGCCCAGGACCGUUGGAAGUGGCGGAACAUCUGUGUCUCCCUGGUGCACAGCCUGCUCACAGGGGUCGGGGCGCUGCUCGGGCUCUCGCUGUACCCUCAGAUGGCUGCCGACCCGAUUCACGGCCACCCGUUCUGGGCCCUGGUGCUGGUGGCUGUGUCCGUGGGUUAUUUCUUGGCGGAUGGAGCUGACAUGCUGUACAACCAGACCUUGGGCCAGGCCUGGGAACUUCUCUGUCAUCAUUUGGUGGUAGUGAGCUGCCUCAGCACCGCCAUUCUGUCCAGCCACUAUGUAGGCCUCUCUAUGGUGUCUUUGCUCCUGGAGCUGAACUCUGCCUGCCUGCACCUACGAAAAUUGCUGCUGCUUUCCCACCAGGCCCCAUCCCUGGCCUUCAGCAUGGCCAGCUGGGCCACCCUGGCCACCCUGGCCCUCUUCCGCCUGGUGCCUCUGGGGUGGAUAAGUCUGUGGCUGAUCCGGCAGCAACACCAGGUGCCUCCUGCUCUGGUCAUCCUUGGUGGAACUGGACUGGUGACUGUGGGUGCCAUGAGCGUCAUACUGGGUGUCCGUAUUUUGGUCAGUGAUGUCCUACGGUCUCGGCACCACCCGCCCAUCCCUGGGCACAAGGAAACCAGGGACACAAGGAGAUGUUGUGAUGGUGAGCUUGUCACCAGGGAUGGUUCCAUUCUCAGCCUGAAAGACUAGAGAGAAGCGUCAGGCUCCUCUCCGGCCAGUCCUGGGGGAGACAUGGCCAGGACAAGGACAUGGUGGUCUACAGUGCACUGUCCCUCGAUGGGGUAAGGACCGAAAGGAAUUUUCAGUAUCUCAAUUCCUUUUCCGGCUAACUCACACCCCUCCCCAUUCCUAGGAUCUAAGAAGAAAUGCUGAUGCUCAUGAUGGGUGGGAAACCGGGAUCCUGGGCUAUUGUUCACUGAAUCCCAUCAUCAGAUGACCGCUUCGUCCAGCAGACUAACUCAAGAGGUACAGCCAGUUCUACCAAUAAGAGGUGGCAGGAGGCAUGAAGCUAAAUGAAACUACCAAUGAAAUCCUUUGCUUUAGCAUGGGAACAGGUGAAGAAAGGUGAGGUCCUGUUAGGAUCAGAGAGAUCUGGCAUAGAGGGGGUGGGGUCAGAGGAAGAAAGACCUCAACUGUGACCAAAUUCUAGCAAUGGGAGGAGGCCACACAGGUGCUAUCAGUAGCCAGUGGGGGUGGACAUAAUAGUCACCAAGAGACAGAAGAACUGGGCCACUACAAUUGCUGCUGAUAUUUCUGGUUCUCAAAGCCACACUACUGUGUUUGUACUUAAUGUUAGUUCUACUGCUUUAAAAAAAUUUUUUUCUUAAGAGAGAGAGAGAGUGUGGGGGAGGGGCAUAGAGAGAGAAUAUUUUUGUAAUGUUUCUGUAUUUUGAGAGAGUGCAUGCAAGCAGGGGAGGGGCAGAGAGAGAAGGAGAGAGAGAGGAUCUCAAGCAGGUUCCGUGCUGCCAGCACAGAGCCUGAUGUAAGCCUCCAUCUCACAAACCGUGAGAUCACAAGCAGAGCUGAAAUCCAAGAGUCCGACGCUUAGCUGACUGAGCCACCCAGGCACUGAGAGAGAGAAAGAGAGAGAGAGAGAGAGAGAAAGAAUCUUAAGCAGGCUCCGCACUCAGUGUAGAGCCCAACUCAGGGCUCAAUCUCACGACCCUAGGAUCAUGACCUGAGCCAAAAUCAAGAAUUAGAUGCUCAAUGCACUGAGCCACCAGGUGCCCCUGCCUUCAUAAUUUUUAAAAAGUCCAGCAUCUUCCUUUUAAAUUUUCUUAGUAUCUUCUGAUCUUUUCAAAGAUUCUUCUUUUUUAAUUUUUUUAAAUGUUUAUUUAGUUUUGAGAGAAAGAGAGUGUGAGCAGGGGAGGAGCAGAGAGAGAGGGAGACACAGAAUCCAAAGCAGGCUCCUGGCUGUGAGCUGUCCCCACAGAGCCCCACACAGGGCUCGAACUCAAGAACCGCAAGAUCAUGACCUGAGCCAAAGUCAGAUGCUUAACUGACUGAGCCACCCAGGUGCCCACCAGGUCUGUCUUCUUAAGACAGCACUAAAGCCCAGAGCCACGGCAGGGACUCAAACACCUGAUCUGGGUGCCGACUAUAGGGUUUUCCCAGGCCCUGUCUUUCAUGGAAGAAUGAGGGCAGAGGCAGAAGUAGAUGAGGGAAGGCUUCCACUUGGCUGCAGAGGGACUAAGGUGUAUCUGACUCCCUUCCAGGAUUCCUUUGCGAGCUCUCCCUCUCCUUUCUCCCCUAACACUUCUGCUGCGCUUUUGUUUUUCACCACACAAAAUCUCUUUUCUUCAGGCAGAACAGCCAGGUUAUGGGAAGUGUAGAGGGGAUUAAGUUUACUAUUCUACAAAGCAAUGGACAGAAAGAGAUGACCCUUAAUCAUCUACAGAAAAAAAUACAUGAGCAGAAGCAAGAGACAGGAAAAUUAAAACAAAAAAAUCCUGCCCCAAUGCUGAGCUAGAGAAAGACAAAAGGGAUAGGAGAAGUGGACAUACAUAGAUCAAGGGACAAAUAAAAGGAUCACCUGUAUGGAAGAGACAGAGGUGAAGACAGAUGGAGGGCAAGACAGGGAAUCUUUGGCGGAAACGUUGAGAAAGACCCUCAUGGUUGCUGACAGGAAGCAGUCACAGAACUGGUAAAAUGGUCAUAAACAAAGAGGACAAGGACGAGGAAAAUCAGUAUAAAAGCUGACAGGAAGGGCCCCCAAGGGUGCAAGGCACAGAUGGUUUAGACAGAGAAAUAGAGUGAGUGACAAGGAGGAACGACCCGACUCAGGAGAGAUGGAGGUAACAGAAGCCUUUAGAGAGGUUAGCAGAGCGAGAGAAGAGAGAGGUGGAGAUAGAGGCUGAGGGGGAUUCGUCAGGGGAGCUGAGAAGCAAAAGAACAGAAGGUGGAGAGGCACUCAAUGGGAAGAUUCACUGGCAGAAAAAGAAAGUAGGAAAUAUGUGGCGUUGGGGACAGAAAGACAAAGGACAAACGGCUACACUGUAUAACACAAAGCCAGAGACUGCCAGGAACUGUUAGGCAGAGACUGGUAGGAAGAUGAGGAAAAAUAAGAAUCAGGGAUGUAAAUUGACAUAGAAGAAUAGGCAAAGGGACUGAGGAGAACCACAGAGGGUGAAAGAAGGGGGAGGGGUGGGUGGAGAGGGGAGCAGACUGAGUAAAUAAACAUCCAAAGGAAGGGGCACCUGGCUGGCUCAGUUGAUGGAAGAUGCGUGAUCUCAGAGUUGUGAGUUCGAGCCCCACGCUGGGUGUAGAUAUUACUUAAAAAAAAAAAAAAAAAUCUAGGCGUGCCUGGGUGGCUCAGUUGGUUAAGCGUCCAACUUCAGUUCAAGUCGUGGUCCCAGGGUUUGUGGGUUUGAGCCCCACAUCAGGGUCUCUGCUGUCAGCACACAGCCUGCUUUGGAUUCUUUGUCCCCCUCUCUCUGCCCCUACCCCACUUGCUCGCUCUCUCUCUCUCUCUCUCUCUCCCCCUCUCUCAAAAGUAAAUUAAAAAAAAACAUUAAAAAAUAAAUAAAAUCUAAAACAAACAAAAAUGCCCCAAACCAAACCAACAAAACAUCCAAAGGAAAAAUCAAGGAGAAGGAGGGAACAGAUGAAGAAAGAAAGAAAGAAAGAAAGAAAGAAAGAAAGAAAGAAUAGAGAUAGGGAAAAAAGGAAGGAGGGAUAGUGACAGAUACCCAUCAGAGAUCAUUAAAGCACAAAGUGGGUGGGGCACCUGGCUGGCUCUGUUGGAAGAGGAUUCAACCCUUGACCUCAGGGCCAAGAGGUUUUUGUUUUUUGGGUUUUUUUAAUGUUUAUUUAUUUUGAGAGAGAGAGACAGAGAGAGAGACAGAGCACAAGCAGGGGAGGAGCAGAGAGGGAGAGGGAGACACAGAAUCUGAAGCAGGCUCCAGGUUCUGAGCUGUCAGCACAGAGCCCUACGCAGGGCUCGAACUCACAAAUCGCGAGAUCAUGACCUGAGCCAAACUUGGAUGCUUAACUGACAGAGUCACCCAGGUGCCCCUCGGGGUUGAGAGUUUGAACCCCAUAUUGGGACUAGAGAUUACUUUAUAAAAUUAAAACGUCUUUUUAAAAAAAGUUUAUUUAUUUAUAUCUCUAAGUUUAUGUAUUUAUUUAUUUAUUUGGGAGACAAACAGAGAGAGGGAAAGAGAGGCUCCUAAGCAGGCUCUGCACUGUCAGCAGCUCAAACUCACGAACCACAAGAUCGUGACCUGAGCCAAAAUCAAGAGUCGGACGCCUAACUGACUGAGCCACCCAGGCACCCCCAAAAUUUGAAAAUCUUAAAAAUUUCCAAAAAGCACAAAGGGAAAGAACAACACAUAGAGGCUGAGAAGAAAUUGCCACAGUUGGAAGCAAACACAGGCAGACAAUAAGAGCAGAGACAUCAAAUGUAAUCAGACAAAAGCCAGAGAGGCAAAGGUAUAGAAGUUGAGACAGAGAAACAAAACAGAGUUGUGUCAGAGAGGUUGUCCUUGAUAGAAGUAGUAUCUUCAAAACUCAAUUCGCCAUCUUAACUGAAUACCUUCAUUAACAAAAACACUAUCUUGAGUUUUCAAAGCAAAAGAAAUGUGACAAACUCACGGAAGAAAUCCGUUCCCUAAGUAUGUGUUGAGGUCAAUAUUGAUUUGUUCCAAGCCCUGCAUGUUUUCUUGUGCUGCCGACACAAGUUUAUGGUUCAAGCGAGUACCCCUCAAGUGACUAAUUGAUAGUAUCUUGUGAGAGAUGCCAAGACCUUGACCAUUAUGGAAAUAUAGCUGUUCCUGUGGGUUAACUAGUAAAACUUGUACAGGAAGGGUAAGAUUAGCUACUAGGUAGGGGUAGGACAUAAGCAAACACUUGAAGAAUUUGGGAUCAGACAAAUUUUCAUCACAGUGACCCAGUGAAACUUCAGGAAGGCAAGACUGCAUUAUGAUUGUAAUUGAUUAAGUAGAUAUCUCAUCACAGAGACCAGUUAUAGAUGGUGUGGACCAGAUAUAGAUGAUGGGAAUUGGAGAGGCAUGGUCAGUUGGGUCCCUAGAAAAGAGAAACUCAAAAAUGCAGAGGUUGGCAAAUGCUGCAUUUGGUACAAUGAGUUGGGUCACCGUGGCAGUGACCUGUCAGACCUCACCAUGGCCUAGUGAAGUGGCCCUCAAGACUGACUCCAUGCCUACCAAGCUAUCGGCUGAUGAAUUAUUUGUCCUCUGGCACAAGGGAGUGGCUUCCGGGAUGGGAGACAUUGAUAUUUUAUAGUCUUGAAACACUAUCCUGAUCAUAAAUUAAUAAAUUGCUAUGCACAUAAUUGCAGUCUUUUAUGAAUGCGGUUUCUUUGAGUCAUGUUUUCUUGGUUCCAAUGGCGGUCUGAUUUAUAAUGAAAUGCUGGACUGUGGAAGCUUUGCCUUGGGAAGGUCUCGUCUUGGCACCAACUUUUUGACCCACAAAGCCCUAAAGUGUUGGAAGAUCCUCUACUAUCAAGAAGCAAACCCAGAGCACCUGGAUGGCUCACUCUGCUAAGCGUCGACUUGGGCUCAGGUCAUGAUCUCACGGUUGGUGAGUUUGAGCCCUGCCUUGGGCUCUGUGCUGAGAGCUCAGAGCCUGGCGCCUGCUUCGGAUUCUAUGUCUCCCUC